GUUGUGCUGUGUACACAGGCAGUGUGUGAUGAAUACACAUUGAUAUGUGUGUUGGUGCACAGUGAGCUGUGCAGGAUCAGUGAUGUGUGUGUUGUAGCAGACUUUGUGAUGAAUGAUGGCACUGCCAGCGAUGCAAGGAACCGGCUUCCAUUUACGGAAGAUGCUCACCUAUUUUCCCCAGGACAUAAGCCUUGCCUUCGCCUAUGGAUCAGCGGUGUUCAAACAGACCGGCGCUUCCCAGAGCAAUGCCAAAAACAAUAUGCUGGACUUUGUGUUUGCAGUUGAUGACCCUGUCAAAUGGCAUACCAUGAAUCUAAUGCAGAACCGUAGCCACUACUCAUUCCUGAAACAUCUGGGACCCAAACAAAUUACUAAUGUCCAGAAUAAGUAUGGAGCUGGAGUCUAUUAUAAUACACUGGUUCCGUGUGAUGGGAAGGUCAUCAAAUAUGGGAUUGUCAGUACUCAAACUCUGAUGGAAGACUUGCUCUCCUGGAAGUCUUUGUACAUCGCUGGUCGUUUGCAUAAACCGGUGAAGAUCCUGGCGCAGAAGGAGAAUGAGCAGCUGCGCUCAGCCCUGAACGCCAACCUGAAGAGUGCCGUCAUUGCUGCUUUCCUUAUGUUACCUGAAAGUUUUUCUGAAGAGGAGCUCUACCUGCAGAUUGCUAGUCUCUCUUAUUCAGGUGACUUCCGCAUGAUAAUUGGUGAAGAUAAAGCCAAAGUGAUGAAUAUUGUCAAACCAAACAUUGGCCAUUUUCAGAAGCUCUACAGUGGCAUACUCCAGGAGUGUCCUCAGGCUGUGUACAAACCUUCGCAGGGUAAAGUGGAGGUAGAUAAGAGCCCAGAGGGCCAAUUUCUCCAGCUUAUGAGCCUGCCAAAGACUUUACAACAAACAAUAACAGCUUUCGUAGAUCAGCCGGGUAGGAAUCGGGAUGUAGAAGAGGUUUUAUUACAAGUAGCUCUGGACCCAGACUGUGGCAUUGUGGUGCAGCAAGCUAUUUUUGGCAUCGUGAAAUCUUUCAGUUUGAGUCAGAGCACCAAAGGGAUAUUUACUGCUGGAGUGAAGAAAACCAUUUCAUAUAGUGCAAAAAAACUCUACAAAAUGGUGAAGAGUCUUCGACGAGACUCAUCGUCAUGAUUGUUUUCU